GCGCGCCCUAGCCGCUGCAAUUCGCCGGGCGUGUGAGGCUCGUGGUUCUAGCUUCUCCGCGAGUCCGCCGAGCGGUAUCCACCGUCGCUCAGGUCCCGAGGCCCGCGGCGUCACAGGCUCGGCGACAUGUCGAUGCUAGCUGAGCGUCGGCGGAAGCAGAAGUGGGCUGUGGAUCCAAGAAACACUGCGUGGAGUAAUGAUGACUCCAAGUUUGGCCAGAGGAUGCUGGAGAAGAUGGGGUGGUCUAAAGGAAAGGGUUUAGGGGCUCAGGAGCAAGGAGCCACCGAUCAUAUUAAAGUUCAAGUUAAAAACAACCACCUGGGACUAGGAGCUACGAUCAAUAAUGAAGACAACUGGAUUGCUCAUCAGGAUGAUUUUAACCAGCUUCUGGCUGAACUGAGCACUUGCCAUGGGCAGGAAACAGCAGACUCCUCAGACAACAAGGAGAAGAAAUCUUUCAGCCUUGAAGUGAAGUCCAAAAUCUCCAAAAACCGUGUUCACUAUAUGAAAUUCACGAAAGGGAAGGAUCUCUCAUCUCGGAGCCAAACAGAUCUUGACUGCAUUUUUGGGAAAAGACAGAAUAAGAAGACUCCCGAGGGCCAGCCCCGUUCCGACGCUGCACAGGGGACUGACGUCUCCCCCAUGACCACCAGUGCCUUCACCAUCCGCGAGUACUUUGCCAGGCGCAUGGCGGACCGCAAGAGUAAGGCGCAGGGCACGGCCGUGGGGCCAGAGGCUUCAGAGACCCCAGUGGAAAGGAAAGCAGGGAAGAAAAGAAACAAAGAGGUGAAAGAUAAAAGUGUGGAGAAUUGCACCCCCCCCAAGGCCAAGAAGAAGGGAGACCAAGUUGAGUGGCCGCUGGGAGACCCCCGCGGGGACGAGAAUUCUGGGGCUGCUUCUGAAGGUGGAGAGGGUUGCGUGGCGUCACUCGAUGACCGGGACUCUCCCUUGAGGCCCAGAAACAGGAAAGGAAAGAAAAGGGGGCAGAAGCUAGCUGAGACGGCAGAGGAUGGUUCGCUCGAUGCAACGCCAGUGAAAACGAAGAGGAAAAAGAAGAAAGGCUCCAAAUAACUUCUCUGGAGCCAGGGCCUCCCGGCUUCUCAGCUGUCAGGGCGCUGCUGGGGCAAACUCCCCGGCCCGACGGCAGAGCCGGUUCACUCCGGGAGCCGUGCACAGCCUCUGACACGCCCGGCCCUGCUGCAUCUCGCCCUCACGCUUUCCCAGAUCGGAUUCCCAGAACUUCUUAGUGUCCCAAAUCAUGGCUCUCAGAAACAAAUAAAUGUCUUUCUUAAA